UUGUGUACUAAGGUCAUAAUCAAUUUUCGACAAUAAAAAUCAAGAAAUGACAGAUAUUUUGGAGUUUAAUGAUGUGUAUUCCUUAGUACGUGGUGCACUAAAUCCUGGUCGAUUAAAACUGAACAAAAGUGGCACCAUUUUUAAAUCAUACAAAACAGGAAAGGUAGAUUCCACUCCAGUAGCUGAGAUUCAGUCAUCAAAAUGGAUGAGAGUUGCACGAGGCUUUGGGCUUAAAUUAGUGCUUAAAAAUGGCCAUCAAGAAAAAUACCAUGGAUUUAAAGAAGUGGAUUAUGAAAAGGUAAAAGAGUUCUAUGCAAAGAAUUUUGUAAUGGAAUUGGAAGAUCAAGACUUAAGUGUCUCUGGUUGGAAUUGGGGAGAAGCAAAGUUUAAAGGAUCAGUGAUGUCAUUUGAAGUAGAAAACAAAGCUGCUUUUGAAAUCCCAUUACAAGAUGUUUCUCAAGCUACUACUGGAAAGAAUGAGGUAACAAUAGAGUUUCAUCGCAAUGAUGAUGCAAAAGUUCAGCUAAUGGAAAUGAGAUUUUUUGUUCCAGAAAAAGAUGAAGAAGAUGCUGUCAAAAACUUUCAUGAUCAAAUUAUGUCUAAAGCAGAUAUUAUCCAGGCUACUGGAGAUGCUAUUGUAACUUUUGAUGAAGUAGCAUGUCUUACACCAAGAGGUCGAUACAGUAUCAGAGUUUAUCCAAAGUUUUUGCAACUUCAUGGUAAAACAUAUGAUUAUAAAAUACCCCGUACUGCUAUUGUUAGACUUUUUUUGCUUCCUCAUCAAGACCAAAGAUUCAUGUUUUUUGUUAUAAGUAUGGAUCCACCACUUCGUCAAGGAAACACAAGAUAUCCAUUCCUUAUUCUACAGUUUGAACGAGAUGAAGAAAUGUCUUGUGAACUAAAUCUUACAGAAGAAGAGAUUGAAAAUAAAUAUAACAAUAAACUUACAAGAAAGAUGUCUGGUGCUGUCUUUGAAAUUGUUAGUCGUGUUUUAAAAGAAAUCUGUCAACAAAAAAUAACUGUCCCGGGAUCUUUCAAAAGCAAAACUGGUACAAGUGCAAUAUCGUGUUCCUAUAAAGCAAGUAAUGGUUUGUUGUAUCCUCUUGAGAAAGGUUUUAUGUUUGUACAUAAACCUCCAGUGUAUAUACGAUUUGAUGAAAUAUCUUCGGUAAAUUUUGCUCGUGGCAGUACAACAGGUCGAACAUUUGAUUUUGAAAUGGAUUUGAAUAAUGGAACUGUGGUUGUUUUUAGUAGUUUACCCAAGGAUGAGUACACACCUCUCUUUGACUUUGUCAAUCAGAAAAAGCUGAGAAUUAAGAAUAAAGUGGCAAGCUCUGGUGGUAGUAACCUUGAUCAAAUGAUUGAGUCAAAUCCAGAUGAACAUGAUGCGUAUUUACAACGUAUGAAAGCAGAAGGUGCUGAGCGAGAUGAUGAGGCAAACGAAGGUGAUAGUGAAAGUGAAAGUGAAGAUGAAGACUUUAAUCCGGCAAAUGAAAAAGUGGAAAGUGUUCGAGAGGAAUUUGAUUCUGAUGUUGGCAAUAGCACAGAUGAUGAGGAUAAUGAAAGCAACUCAGAAGCAAAAAACAAAAAAAGAAAAUCAGAACCAAAGAAAAAUGAACCCAAAAUUAAACGGCCCAAAAAAGAGGAGGGAUCUAGUAAAAAAAAAAAGAAGGAUGAAAAUGCUCCAAAACGUCCUAUGUCUGCAUUUAUGUUAUACAUGAAUGAAGUUCGUGAAAAAAUUAAAGCUGAUAACCCAGGAAUAGCUUUUACUGAUAUAGCAAAAAAAGGUGGUGAGCAGUGGAAAACACUCACAGAUAAAACGAAAUGGGAAAAUAUGGCAAAAGAAGCAAAAAAUAAAUAUACUAUCGAUUUUGCGGCUUAUUCAAAAACUAUAAAAGAUGGCGGUGCUGCUAUAAAAGAUAGCGGCGCUGCUCCUUCCGGUAAAUCAGCAAAGAGUGGUAGUUCAACACAAACUAAUAAAAAGUCAAAUUCAAAAAACAUAAAAGAUAUGAUGAAAAGUAAAGAGUCUCCGAUGAAAAAAGAUGCUUAUAAAAGCAAAGAAUACAUAGAUACAAGCGAUGAUGAUUCCACGGAUGAAGACGAAAAGAAGAAAAAAACAAUACAAAAGAUAGAAAAACCUGUUGUCAAAUCGAAACCAGAGGAUGACGACGAUGACGAUGAUGGUUCAGAUAGUGACGAAAGCGCUUCUCAAGAAAUAACUCCUCAAGAAAGUCAACGAUCUAUGCGUUCAAAAGGUAACAGUUCUCAGGCUGAUUUUCAGGAGUUGAAAGAAUUAUCUGAAGCAGAAGAAGACGAAGCAGAAUUUUCAGGUGAGCAGACAGACGACGAUGAUGAUGAUGAAAGUGAUUAAGCUGCUUGUGUGCACAGCAGAUCUGUACACAACUACACUGUUCGUCUGAACUGCAAAAGAACAAAUACUCAAAAAUAAAUAAUUAGAUGCAUUCCAAGAUUAUCCACGCAUAUUAUAGUUAUGCGAUAUAUAAAUAUGCGAAAUUAUGAGGAUUGGUUUGGUCUUUACUAUUAAGACCUUUUACUAUAAAGCUAAAAUUAUACAAAAAUAAAGGUUUUUCAAUAAAAACGAUAUUAGAA